AUGGCAAAGAUGAACCAGCUAUUAUCAGGCGACGAAGCCGCCAAAGACGAAGUCAUGCGGCUGGUAUACUGGAACUACUACAAGAAGAUCAUGAAUGGGAUCGAAAGAUUAUCGCCCAUCUCAGGUCCCAACGGAGGACUACAGUGGUACGACCGCCUGAGCAAGAAGGUUCUCGCGCUCUUCAAGGCGGUACGGAUGCAUCCGGAGUGA